UGUUGGCGGCGGCUGCGUGGACCCAGACUCCGCGUGAUGUCUCAUACCAUUUUACUAGUUCAGCCUACCAAGAGGCCAGAAGGCAGAACUUACGCUGACUAUGAAUCUGUGAAUGAAUGCAUGGAAGGCGUUUGUAAAAUGUACGAAGAACAUCUGAAGAGAAUGAACCCAAACAGCCCUUCCAUCACAUAUGAUAUCAGCCAGUUGUUUGAUUUUACUGACAAUCUGGCAGAUCUCAGCUGCCUCGUUUACCGAGCUGAUACCCAGACAUACCAACCUUACAACAAAGACUGGAUUAAAGAGAAGAUCUAUGUGCUUCUUCAUCGGCAGGCCCAGCAGGUGGGGAAAUAAUUGAGCUGGAAGCAUUAGGGGGUGGGGUGGGCUCAGAAUACAAGUGUGUACAGCAAACUAGAGGGUGUUUUGUAUUCUAAUAAUCCUGUUUCCAUUUGGUACACUCUAACCACAAUUGAAUAUAUUGAGUGAAAUAUGAGGAUUUUGUUCAAUCUGAAAAAAAUCCCAUUGCCACCUCCCCUCUGCCCUUUUUUUUUUCUUUUUUUUUUUUACUUAAACAUUUCUAUGGUGUUUUAGGUGGGUUUUUGGUCAGCUAUUGUUGGUUUGAGCCUUUGAACUGUUCAUUUCCACUGUAAUGAUACUAU